AUGCCCUGUGAAAAGUGCGAAGCGAAGUUCACCAAACUCGUGACGCCCGACGUUAAGGAAGGAUCAAAGCGCAUAGUCGGCGUCAACAAACUCAUUGAAAAGGCGACAAAAAAAGACAAGAUUGUAAUUGUGGGGUCUAAGUGCAAGAUAUGCAAAACCGCGCUGCACAUGAAGGGAAAGUACUGCGCCCCCUGCGCUCAUAAGAACGGCCGCUGCUGGAUGUGCGGGAAGCGCAUUGUUGAUGUGACAAAGCACAACAUGAGCCUUGUCUAA